CUAUGUUUUCGUUUUAUCUUAAUAAACUAAACAGGAAUCUUUACAGUAAUAUAAAUAGUAAUUUAAUAAAUAAGACCGUAAUAUGAAUAAGUUCAAAAAUAAGGUGCAUUAUGAAUCUCCCUGUGAUUCCGACAAUGAUUGGACUGAUUCUACCGGCGACUCUAAAUACUCAGAUUCGGAAAGUUCGGUUCCGGAAUGGGAUUCUGAUGUAGGCGAAAACGGAGAGUUAGUUUUCAUUAAAGUAAAAAACAAUGCAAGCAAUGAUGUUAACACCCCACUUUUGGAAAACUGCGAAACUUUUAAGUUAAGAAGUGAUUUUAAGAGGGUUUCUACACGAAGAUCCACUAAAGGUAGAAUUUUCAAAGCUUUAAAAAAUCGCAAGGCAAAAUUUGAUAAUACAAGCGGUAAAAUAAAUGAAUAUGAAAGUACAGUCUGUAAAAAUUCUUUAGAAGAUAAUAAUAAAUUUGUUAUCAUACAGGUCAGCAAAAAUAUGAUAUUUAACAGUGAAAAGAAUUGUCAAAUAGAGAAAUUAUUUGGCAUGAGUUUAGAAACUCAUAUGGAUGGGAAGACAUUAAUUGUUGCUAAUUUCUUAACAGAAGCUAAAGCAAUAUACAUUCCUCGAGUCAAAGUUGGUUACUACUUGAUUAAAAUAAAUGGUAUUGAAGUUAAUUCUUACAACAUUAAUAAUAUAUUACAAAGAGUAAUUGAAAAUAUUGAAAGUCCAAAAUUAACAUUCCAAGUAGUAACAGGUGGAUUUAAUAUUGAUGUUGUUAAAUUAUUAACAUUAAAAAAUGCUCCGGAGAAUUCCCUAACACAGUUGUUGAAAGAUUCAAUGUGUUCAGUUCUAUAUAUAUGUUGUAAUGAUGUGGAGUAUCAGAGUAAUGAUGACAAAGGAGUACUUUAUUGCUACCCUCGGCCAUACAAUCAAAAUUUCCUUUAUAACACAAGAGGGGCAUAUGUAACAUUGAAUCAUUUGGCCCCUAAAUCACUAGGUACUAGUGAACCAAUUGUGUCAACAGUUCUAUACAAUAAUACUUUAAUUAACGUGACAUAUGCAUCACAUUUUACUGAUUUACUUUUAUUGGCUGUUCCUAACAAGAAUUUAGAUUUAUUUUGUGCUAAAAAAUUAAUCGGACAUGUUGUAAAUAUUCUCGAAUUCCUUUACGGAUCAUUAAAAUCUUGCUUUACAAAGCCUAAUAAUGUAGAUAAGUUGGAUGGUUUGUUCUCUCGUGUAUUCGUAAAUUUAUUAUUUGAUAAUUAUAAAAAUAAGGAAGAAGGAAAAGUUAAUGCAAUGUUAUUUGAAGAAUUUGUAGCUUGUCAUGCAGUGACUUUACCGUUGGAAGUGAAAAUACAAAUAGAUGAUGCAAUAACAGAGUUAGAAGCAGCUGAUUAUCGUGAAUGGACAGAUGAUGUUGAAAAUUUUCAAAGGCUGUACACUGUAAUUGGAGCAUGUCUUUAUUAUUCUGGGCAUUUACUAAGUUCACAUUUACGUGAUGAAGACUUAAUAGAAAUCAAUGCAUAUUUAAAAUUUAAUAGCAUAUUAAGGCUUAGUGUCGAAAAGGAGUUUGAAAAACUUGUCAUGUGGAAGGAAGUUUUUAUCAAAGAAUAUAGAAGUCAGAAUAAAAGCGACAGAAAUGAAAAUAGAAUACCAGAUGGUCGUUGGUUUCUUUUGAUCGUAGGUAAGGGUCAUUUUAUAUUAGCCACCCUUAUGGAAGCCGGAGGUUGUACAGAAGAUGCGAUUGGUGUGACGUCACCAUCUCCAUUUUAUGUAGAGGAAUGCGAAAGCUGUUUGGAAUUGCUUUACGAAGUGGGCUUGCAUAAAUAUUUGGCUUCCUGGUUCUCAUCAAACACAUUCCCUCAAGUUGAAACAUCACCUGAAUACUUGACUAAGUACGGCCGGAAAAUGAGAGAUAGUAAUUCUCAAAAAUCAGAUAACUUCAGGACCACUACACUGAAAUUAUCUAAAUCUCAGCCGGAUUUAAAGCGACGACACAACUCUUCGGAUCAAAUUAAUUCAGGCACAAGUUCAACUGACAACCCUAUAAACAACUAUCAUAGUAUGAGCCAUCAUAGCCUCUACCAUCAAUGGUACAACGGCUCACAGAAGAAUUAUAGACAUUCCAGUAAUUUAGAUGUCAGUUAUUCAGAAGACUCUAACAGUUUGAAGAGCAAUAGUGAAGUGAGCUCUGAGCGCGUGUGCGGGCGGCGCGCGCUCAGACACCAGACAACGCGCCGAGAUUCCUCCGGCUCAGACUCCGAUUGGGACAGACAGGACGGGAGCAGAACUAGCGGGAAUAUUGAUAUGACUGAUAUUAGAAAAAGUUUGUUAAAUGAACUAAAUCAUGUAGCUGUGCACAGAAUAACAGCCGGAGAAGAGAAUGUCCUAUUUCAUUUUAUACAACUGGAAUCCGAGAAAGGAGUUUUAAUAGCCCCAAUAAAAACUAUUGAAUUACAAGCGAACAACAUUUUGUAUUCUUACAUUGUUGCUAGUUUUAGAAAAGCUUGUAAAAAGAUACAUGAUUUACUACAGUAUAGUAUAAAAUUUAAGAAGAACCAUGCGCCAUCAAAUCCGUUAAAUAAAAUCUUAGUGGCAGUGAGAGAAUGUGGCACAUUAUUCGAAGUGCCCCAAGAUGUUCUCAAUCAAUGUGGCAUUAAUAAAAAGAAUUGUGAACCAUAUCUAUUUUGGGUUGUCGGGCGAGUUUUUAGUGAACCAGAACCACGAGAGCUAUACAUAUGCUAUCACGAGUCUGUACCACAGGAUCUAACAGAAGUGGCUCACUUGUUAUCUUAUUUAGAGUAACGUAGGGGUCACAAUAUGUUUGAAAAAAAGCUUUUGAUUAUAAAAAAAAAACAGUUUUUUUAAUAUGUGAUAUUUGCCGUCCAAUAAAAUGUAUGUUAAGAAUAAGUAAUACAUUUUUUAUUUGUUACGUUUUAUCCG